GCCGUUGACGUCCAGGUCGUCUCCGUUGGUCAGAACCCCAUGGCUGGUAUGGCUGGUCAGCCUGCCACCAAGUACUACCCGGACAACAUCAAGGCUGCUCCCGGUUCCAUGGUCCAGUUCCAGUUCUGGGCUGGUAACCACACCGUCACACAGUCCGACUUUGACCACCCUUGCACGCCCAUUUCCCAGGUCAACAGCUCUGUUGCCGGCAUCUGGUCCAGCUUCAUGCCCGUUGCUGCUGGCGCCGCCAAGAAGGAAAUCCCCGUCUUCACCGUCCAGAUCAACGACACCAAGCCUAUCUGGAUCUUCUGCAGCCAGGGCAAGCACUGCUCAGCCGGCAUGUCCAUGGUGAUCAACGAGAACACUUCUGCCAACUCCACUCGUUCUCUUGCCAACUACAGGACUGCUGCUUCCACUGCUCAGGGCGGCUCUUCUGGCUCUGCUCCCAGCUCUGGCUCUGGCUCUGGCUCUGGCUCUGGCUCUGGCUCUGGCUCUAGCUAUGGCUCAAGCCCAAGCUCCGGUUCCAGCCCCAGCCCCAGCUCUCCUGCUGGAUCUGACGCCAGCUCUGGCUCCGGCUCUACUCCCACUGACGGCGCUCCUGCUGGAGCUGCCCCUACCGACGCUCUCACACCUCCUCCCUCAGUCACCACCGGCGCCUCUUCACCCGCUGGUACUGGCGUUCUUCCCGGCGGUGCUACUGACACUGGUAUCCCCAAGAACGCCGCCUCAUCUGUCAGCGUUUCCACCAGCUUACUGCUGGUUCUUGGUGCUGCUUUUGCCCUGCUAUAAAUGGGAAUGGAGUGACGACAUGACGUGGGGAAUGUUCUAUAAAAAAAGCGACGACGAUCUGUAAUACCAUUUUUGGGGGGCUUUAAUUCGUAUAUGCAUCUUCCUUGCAAGCAAGGGGUUUUUUAUAUUUUAACUUUUUUUUCUCUGGAGUGGGAUGGAUGUAAUCUGUUCCCUUAGGUUUUUAUGAAAUGGGGGAGGACAACAAGAGUCCUGGGUUAAAACGCAUGCUAGGGACCAUGUGUGUAAAUGUAUCUGGAUACCUUUUUAAAAUUUUGAAGUUGUUUCUAUA